AUGUAUAUAUGUUUUGCAUACACAUACACAUUAAUAUUACUAUUAAUUGGAUAUUCUGGAUGUUCUGAUAAACCUACUAACACACAGGGUUCUAACUCUAAUGAAGAUAAUCUUCCCCAAAUUGGAGGAAUAUCAUUAGUAGAUUAUAGUGAUUCUGAUGAUGAAGAUAAUUUUCAGGUAACAGAAACUCAAGAAGAACAGACUGAAGAAAUAACUGAAGUACUAGAUGAAACUCAUACUGAAGAAACUUCUGAAACUGAUGUACUAGAUGAAACUCAACCUGAACCUGAAACUACUCAAGUACUAACUGAAACUGAAACUCAGACUGAACCCGUUAAGGAUGUAGAAACACAAACAGAUCUAGAACAGCCAGAACCACAAACAGAACCAGAACCUGAUGAUAAUCAAAUAAAAGAAAAACUACAUGUAUUAUAUUAUGUACCUCCUCCACAAGAACCAUAUGGAAUAUAUCAACAAAUAGUAGCAAUACCACCUAUUAAACCUUUGCCACCACCGGUUCCAGGAGAAUCUCCAAAAUAUUAUUUGAUAUCAGCAGAACAAAAUAAGUAUGGAGAACAUGAAACAAUUCCUGUCACUUAUAUGGAAUAUAAACCUAUUCUUCAACCUGUACUCUAUUAUGAACCUAUUAUUGGACCUCAAACAUAUCCUCCAAUGCAAUAUCCAUCAGUUAGUUAUCCUGUUGUAAUACCACCACCAAUACAACCUACUCAACUACCUACUAUAACUAAAGAAUCCCCUCAACAACCUAGUCAACAACCUAGUCAAGAAACUAGUCAAGAAACUAGUCAACCUGAGACACCUCAACAACCUACUCGAAUACCAAGACAACCUACUCGAAUACCAAGACAACGUACUCACCCUAAAGAGCAUAAACCAAUUCAUCCGAAUAUUAGACCACGUAUAAAAAUACUAAGACGAACUACACAAACUAUACAACCACCUACUAAAGAAGCUUCAAAUAUUGGACCUGGUAUCUUGGGUCCAGCUCCAGGACCAUUAAGAGAUCCUUCACAAUUACUGGAAGAAUUUGGUCUAUUACAGGAUAAAUUAACUACUGAAGAUAAACCGAGUCAUCUACAUAUUAGUCGACCUAUAAAAAUACUAAGACGACCUACAACUCAAGAAACUACUCAACCUACUGAAACUACUAAACAAACUGAUGAACCUACUACUCAUGCUCAACCACAACAACCUGCUGAACCAUCAUCAGAACAGUUGGAACCAACUCAACAACAACAAGGAUAUCAGCCUCAACCUCAAGCAUACUAUCCUGUACCAACAACAGAAUCUAAUAAAGAAUCUACUCACACACAACAUACUCAAGAACCUCAAGAACCAACACAACCUAGUCCUCAACAUACUCAAUAUACUACUGAACCAUCUGGAUUGGAGCCAGAAACUAUUCCAGUAGAAGUUGGAUCAGAUGAAGAAGAAGAACCUCCAAAACCUCCUAGUGGACCUGGAGAUGGAGAUCAACCACCAGAUGGACCUGAAGAAGGACCUGAAGAUGAAGGAGAUGAAGAUGAGGAAGAAAAUGAGGAAGAGAAAAAACCAUCCAAAGUUGUAAAAAAGUGUAAACAAAUUACUUUUAUGAAAAAGAAUGAAGAAGGUGAAUUAAUUGAAAUGAUUGAAGGAGAUUAUGAAAUUAAAUAUGAAAUUCAAUAUCAAACUCGUUAUGAAUUUUUAGCAAACCUUGAGGAAUUACAUUGUGAUGAUGAAAUUGUUUUCCAACAUAGAAUUGGAAAUAAAUAUUGCAAAGUUUUGGUUUAUAAUUACAAAAAUACGACCUUUUUAAUUAUUCUUGAAAAUUCAUAUGUAUUUGUCUCAUGCGAUAAUGGUAUUUUCAAAACAAAUGUCCGACGUAUUAUUGAUUGUCUAAAAAUAUAUACAAUAGAUUCUAUUGGAAAUGAAGUACAAAUAAGUGAAAAGGAUUAUAAAUUAAGAAUAACUAAAUUUAAAUGGUUUAUGAUUAAAUUUAAUAAUGGUAUAAAAUGCCAUAAGAUCGUGUUUAAAAAUAUGUUAGUAUGGGAGAAAACGAAUUAUGACAAUUAUCCAAUUGCAUUAACUAUCAACGUUAACUUAAAUGUUGUUGUCAUUUUCAAACAAUAUUCUAAAACAUUUCUAAAGAGAGGUCGUAAAUAUGUAUUACAAUAUAUCAAAACAUAUAAAACAAAUUAA